CUCUUUUCUGCGCAACAGGUCUCUAACUCCAUCGCUAUUGCUCUUCAAUCGCCGUGAUAUUUGGGUGGGCCGUCAUCUUAUUGCCUUAUCUCCACGUACCACCGCGGAGCUUCGACGGGCCCCUGGCCAUAUAGAUCGUCUACAUUUUUCGCCCAUUGUCUCGGCCAUUUUAUACCGGCUUGCUUUGUUCUCUUAAUCGGAUAUCUGUUUACUGCAAUAGCAUCUCGCUACCCAAUUCUUCUUCCAAGACAGGACGUGGCGCCCAAGUCAUUACCGCUGAAUUAUAGACACCAUGAAGAUCCCUGCUUCGUCGUUCCUUCUCUUCGCCGCCGCCACGGCUCAGACGGUGAUUGAGUCUUCGAGCUUUGGUCAUGGCGCCAUGGUAGCACCUAGCCGUGACGGUGUUCCAGGUUGGGACCUCGGGGGCGAAGGACAUUCCCCUCAAAUUCUUUCCAAUAAAAUCAUCUUAACACCACCAUACCCAGGUAACACAAGAGGAUAUGCCUGGUCUCAAGCUCCGUUGUCCCAUCCGGAAUGGACAGCAGAGUUUCAAUUCCGAGCGACCGGUGUUGAGAGGGGUGGGGGGAAUCUCCAGCUUUGGUAUGCCAAAGACGGAAAGAAUAAAGUUGGCUCGGCUAGCAUAUACACCGUGGGCCAGUGGGAUGGUUUCGCCCUCGUUGUAGACACUCACAGUGGGAGGGGUGGUAGUGUUCGGGGAUUCCUCAACGACGGUACGACGGAUUACAAGAGCCACCGGAGCGUAGACAGCCUAGCCUUCGGACAUUGCGACUACUCUUACCGUAACCUUGGACGGCCGUCCGUUAUCCGCAUCAGACACACUAAUGCCGUCUUUGAGGUCACCGUGGAUGAGAAGCCAUGCUUCUCGACAGACAAGGUCAUUCUUCCUGCCGGAAAUACUAUCGGUGUCACAGCCGCAACCCCUGAAAAUCCAGACUCUUUCGAGGUUUUCAAGGUCGAACUGCAGACCGCUACAUCUCCUUUUGGAAAGGCUCCUCCUAUCCAACAGCAACAGCGUAGCAACGAUCAGCAGCCUCCUGUUGUUGCUCAGCCGCAAGGCGACUCUUCCCAGCAAGCGCAGGCCAUACCAAAUGAUGUGAACUCACUAAACACCCAGCUUGUAAACCUUGGAGCCCGUCUCCAGCUCAUCGAUAAGGCUAUUGCCAACACCAUGCGCGAUAUUUCAAGCCAGGGAUCCAAAUCUAAUACCAGACAAUCAGAGCUCCUCCAACGGCUCGCGACAAAAGACCAUGUUCAAGGCCUCGAUGUCCGCCUCCAAAGAAUGGAACAGACUCUCCUAACCAUUCAACGAGACCUUGAAGGAAAAGAUUACCGCGACAAGUUCAAUCAACUGCACGAGACGCUAAGAUCCUCGCAUCUCAGCCUGACCGAAAACAUCAAAGAUAAUUUCCUCAAUGUUAUCACGGCGUCUACCCCUCGCAUGGGCUUCUUCAUCUUCCUAGUCAUCGCGGUCCAAAUUCUCCUCGCCGGUUCAUACAUCAUGUACAAGCGCCGCCGCGCCAACAUGCCCAAGAAGUUCCUUUAAUCAUGCCCUGUACGAGUAAUGGAAGAUACGACACGAAUCUUUUCUUCACGUGUAUGGGAUUAGCCGGCAUCAGGUCUUUUCAGUAGUGUUAUCGUCUCAUGUUUUGCUCAUUUUGGCGCAUUUGUCCUGUAAAUUUGAUUAGCCUUUUGUUCGGAAUUAUCACAUGUAUAUUUACCUACUGGAAUUCCUCUAUACACCGUAUAUAUCGUUAUAAUAAUAUUAACAUGGGUAACACGCGACACGCUCAAGGUUCCCUUUUCCC